UCCUUCUUUCAGUGCCCAGCCCCUUCCCUCAUGGCUCUUCCUUUCUGAAGCCUUCAGGUUCCAGCCAAGGAAAAGCCUGGUCAGGGUAGGUAACUCUCAGUACCAAACCGGUUUUCCCACCUUGACUAGGGCUGGUAUAUUACCCCUGGUAAAUCCCCAAACCCAACAUAGCCCAGCCACCAGGAAUGUGAAGGGGUGGGGGAUAUCUAAGUCACCCUUUGUGCCUUGUUUACCUUAGGUGGGGGCCAGAAAGGUUGAGUCUUAUAUUUCUGACACUAGGGGAUUACCUCCCUUGGAAAUUUGUUUUGUUUUUUUAACACAAAUUUUGUUUUAUUUGUAUUAAGGUAGGGAGGAACCAGGGCCUAUAGCAAUCCUGGUAAGUGGCUCACUGCUGAGCCACACUUUCCCUUGAAAGUUUUGAAACAAAGUCAAGCAAAGGGAUUGAGAUUCCAUAUGACAUCACCCCUUCCUCUAGUUGGGAGCCUGGAGGAGAGGACCAGAAAGUCUAGUCUAUCCUGUGGGCUUGCUCUGGAGUAAGUAGGAGGGAGCAGUGGCCUUUUCUCUAGAUAUCCCUGGCUAAUCCAGGACCUUUGUCCCAAGUUCCAAGUCAACUCUCUUUGGUCUGUUGCCUGCCAACAAGAAUCUCUUCUACUGGACUCUUAUGAUUUAACACAAGCUGGUGCUAAUACGGCUCUUUUUUUUUUUUGUGCUAGGUGUCAAACACUCAGGUGCCCUAAUGGAGUAACAAAAGCCAUGACAAACAGGCAGAGAGGUUCAGUAAUAUGCCCAGCCCCACAUCCAUUAGCCUAUUGGAAGCAAACUUUCUCCUUCUCGGAGAAAGUUUAGUACUUUGUGUUUCUUCCCCAAGGAGGGACCUGUGUUCCCAGCCCUCCUGGUUGCAGAAAUCAAUUUCCAGUUCAGACCAGCCUUUAGAGGGAAGCAAGGACCUUGGCCGUGUCUGUGGAAGCUGUUUUUUGUACAGCCGACGUGCAGUCCCCCCAAACCCAUACAAAUUCAAGAUACUUACACUUUUUUUUUUUUUUUUACUAUUUGUAAAUUACUUUCCAAGUACAUCUUUGGGACAAGAAACUGAAAACUUUCCAUUUUACAAAGGAAAUAGGGUUAAGGAAUUAAAUGACCUUCCCUAAGAAACUAGCCUUCAUCUGCUCUCCCUGGGAGUCUGGGUUACAUAUGAAAGGCUCCAGAAGAGCACAUUGCUGGGAUGUGGAAAUGGCAAUGACCCUAGGCCUGCAGUUUCAGGGAAGGGAGCUGUUGAGAGCACUAUUAAACAGCGUGUCAGAGGCGUGAGAGGAGGGUUAGUGGUUAGGGUACUGCCUGUGCUUCCACAGGAUCCAGAUUUGGUUCUUAGCACCAACAUGGUGGCUCACAACCAUCUCUAAAACCAGUUCCAGGGGGGAUCCAACACCUGUCUUUUGAGUGCACCCAGCACACGCAUGGUACACACACACACAUAUAUAUAUAUAUACAGGUAAAACACCCAUACCCAUAAGAAAAUAAUUUCCAAAUAAACAACUUAUCACACGAUCUUGAUAUGUAUAUUAGCAGAGCUCUGCCUCCCGCCCCAAUGGUGACUUGUGUGGUAAUGCUGCUAUGCUGCUUCCUGUAGGGCUGAUAAAUGACACAGAAAGGGAAAGGGGCUUGGGGACAUAGUAGAUUUUCGUAAAGCCCAGAAUGAGUCAAUGAUUGUUCAGCAGGUGGUGUUGGCAGAUAGGUGAUGCCUUCUUGGAGAGAAAGGAAGAUAUAAGAACAGUCAACUGCCCUUUCAAAGUUGGGCCCAGGGGAAGGUAACAUGGAAAAACUACAACUCCCAGAAGUCUCUGUUUCCAGGCAAGUAGCGACGGUUGCUAUGGUUUCGGAAAACAAUAUGGCUGCUCCCAGAAGGGAUUUGAGUCUGUGAGGAAUAAAGACCCAAACGUAUAUUUGAACGCUCCCAGUUGCGAGAGGAGGCAUUUCAAGGGUCCUGGGGCUGGCGCUGGGCUCUGUCGGGAACGUUGAGGCCUUGCUCUGGAUCCAAUGGAAAGCAGCGUGGAUGAGGAGGCUCUGCACCAGCUGUACCUCUGGGUAGACAACAUCCCUCUGUCCCGACCCAAGAGAAACCUCUCCCGGGACUUCAGUGACGGAGUCCUGGUUGCAGAGCUUAUCAAGUUUUACUUCCCCAAGAUGGUGGAGAUGCACAAUUAUGUCCCUGCCAACUCUCUCCAGCAGAAGCUCAGCAACUGGGGUCACCUGAACAGAAAGGUGCUGAACAAGCUGAACUUCUCGGUCCCCGACGAUGUGAUGCGGAAGAUUGCACAGUGUUCUCCGGGGGUAGUGGAGCUAGUGCUCAUUCCACUGAGGCAGCGCCUGGAGGACCGGCAGAAGCGCCAGAAGCUGGGUGUUGGCUCCUUACAGGAGCUGGUUCCUCAGGAUAGCAGUGGCUACAUGGAUAUGGGUUUGCCCCAGAAGGUUCGAGGAGAGGGAGCCCCAGCCUUGGGAGAGCAGCUCAGAGAGGGCCGUCCAUUGGCUUCCCGACCUCCUGGGUAUAACCAGACGCUGCAGGGUGAUCCGAGCUUCGUCCUCCAGAUCGCUGAAAAGGAGCAGGAGCUGUUGGCCUCUCAAGAGACAGUACAGGUCCUUCAGAUGAAGGUGAAGCGUCUGGAACAUCUGCUCCAACUUAAGAACGUGCGCAUCGAUGAUCUCUCCCGGCGGCUCCAGCAGGCCGAGCGCAAGCAGCGGUGAGCGGUGCCAGGGCUGCGCGGGGCUUCCCAGUACCCGCCGGAGCCCAGACGCCGCGACCCACCCACUCACCUGCGGACGCAAGGUUGGGAGGGCGGAGCGAGCUGCUCACUAGCGCGCCUUCUGCAGCUAUGGCGCUCGGCUGCGGAGGGUUCGGGCGAACGUGGGGGUGCUCAACGCCGAGGCCGGGGACUGAGCCUCCUCACACUCCAUCUGGGUCCAGGAAAAAGGAUCACUUUCCACAACCCAGAAAACCUGUACGAACACACCGCAUGACCUCCCACACCACUUUGAAGCUCCCGGCUCUGGGCCUGGAGAGGCGGUCCUCUGUCUCGUUCCACUCCUCUAGAACCGGUUCCUUUCUCAGCGUAGAAGAUAGCUUCAUCUCUUUCCUUGCUAAAUCUUCAAGGCCUCAGACACUCGAGAAAUUAUCCCCGGAAGCUGAGGAAUUCUCUUGCCCAUCGUGUGUGUUGACCGGGGACCAGUUUCAGGGCUGGAUAUCACAGCAGCUGGAGAGGAAGGGAUAAGGUGUUGAAGUAGGCGGGAGUAAGGGAGGCAUCCAGCUGUGCAAUCGCUCUCCUCUCAGGGAGCAUUCUAAGGGGUGCCUGGGAAGGUAGGGCAGAGUUGUCUCCAUUAAAGGUGCUGUUGUACAUUA